UAUAUAAUAAAUUCUAGCAAGUUUUGCCUGAGGUUUGUUUCCUGGUUGUAGUGAAUUGUGGGUUUUUAGGUGUUAAGGUAUUGUAUGCCACAGUGCUGCUGAGUUCUGGAUUGUGUUUGGUGAGAAGGAACAGUUAGUACUGAUCCAUUCUUGAGAAUCAAAUCCAAUAAAUCCUGCUUUGUACUGGCCCGUGUUCACAAAGCAGUCUGGUGUGAACUGAUUUAAGGUAUUUUUGUGGCACAUUUCCUUCAAAACUAAAAUGGCUUCACUGCAUGUUCAGUGGUUCUGAUGCUGGAGAACAUGGCCAACUGUGUGCAGCUCACUCAGGGGAGGAGCUAUGCUAAUAGGGCAGAGUCGAGGGUGGGGUGGGGCCUGUUCCAAUGUGACAUCACGUUGGAGAGAAAACGAAGAAUGACUCAUUUUGAAACGCUGUUUAUGAUUUAUGGGGAAUAUAAAAGAAGUGUGUGGAUUUUUACUGUUAUAGAUGGGCUUGUGUACACUCACUGCUGACACACACUUAUAAUACACUAAACAUCACUUCUGUCAUUAUUCUGUAUUUCACUGUAAACUCAAUCCAUCAUCUGUACCAGUCUAAAUAAAGCAAAGCCACGCCCACUUUAUCAUUUUACUAAAUGUUUAUUAAUCUGGCAACAAAAUUUAAUCAUCAGCAGUGAAUGAGUGUAAGACUAAACAAACCGGACCUGCUUCACUCAUAUCUCUCUCUCUCUCUCUCUCUCUCUCUCUCACACACACACACACACACACAGAGAAAACUGUUAUUGAAAUGUUUUGCUGCAAUUCUGCGCCUUUAGCUGCACGGCACCCGGGGGCGCGCGAGCGCAGGAUUAAGCCCACUCAAUCUCACACACACACCAGCGCGUGCGGAUCGGGGAUGUCUGUAGGCUGCUGGUGAGAGACAGACCGACACUGCUGUCUUUCACUCAGUGUGUGUGUGAAUGAGUGUGUAAGUGUGUCGCGUUUAUCUGCGCGCACAGCUCAGUGGUCGCGUGCCGGCGGUGUUGUGCAUCCUCAUUCUCGCGCUCCCGGUGAUGCAGCAGCAGGGUCCGCGCGUGCUGAAGGAGGGCGUGCUGGAGAAGCGCAGUGACGGACUGCUGCAGAUGUGGAAGCGGAAACACUGCACGCUCACGGAAGAAGCCGUGCUGCUGCACGCGCCCAAACACGCGCACCGGCACCCGCCAGCGCACCCGGCGGGAAAGGGCAAAGAGCUGCACUUCUCGCGCGUGAAGACGGUGGACUGCGUGGAGCGGAAGGGAAAACACGGCUACUUCACCGUGGUGAUGGCGGACGGGAAGGAGAUCGAUUUCCGGUGCCGGGCGGACGAAGGCUGGAGCGCGGAGAUCACGCUGCAGAUGGUGCAAUAUAAAAACCGACAGGCCGUGCUCGCGGUGCGCUCCACGCGCCACAAACAGCAGCGGCUCGUCAUCAGCAAACCGGAAACGGAGGUCACGGUACCGGCGGGGGAGAGCCGCGCGCACAGCGGUUAAAUGGAUUCAUCAGCUCAUCACACAGACAGAUGAAGAGACGGAGAUUACACACACACACACGGAUACACUCCAACUGUGGAACUGAUCUCCUGCCUUCAUCUACGUGUGUGUGUGUGUGUAAAUCAGCAGCUUCCUCUUCAUUCAUCAGGCCAAAGACACCCUGUUUCUCCACCCAACUUCUCCGUCAGCUCUACUGAACACUUCACCCCAGUGUAUGAUGUCACUAUGAUGAUGUCAUCAGUUAUUUAGACCAAUCCCCUUCUGUUCAGGUCAAUGGUCUGUUCCAGCUACAGACAGACCUUCCCCUUCUGUUUGGGAAUGGUGUGUUCCAGGACAUUGUUGUCCUGUGUGACUCUCCCUUUUCCUUUACGGUGUGGGUGUGGUUAUGAAGUCUGGUUGUCAUGGAUACCAUGUCCCAGCAGUAGUAGGAGAUGGAGUUCACUUCCUGUGUCAGGUGUGUGAGGGACCGGGCCUGAGAACAGAGACACAUUGAUGACAACAGACAGAGGAGUGAAGGAGACGACUAUGUGUGUCUGUCUGUCUGUCUGUCUGUCUGUCUGCAGCUGGAACAAACUGUUCUAUAAAGAUGGAGGGAGGUGUCUGAUCCGUCUGGAGGUUGGUGAUGUGAUAUGUGUGAGGUGAUUUUCUCGCUGUCAUGUAAAGCUGAUGAUGGACCUCAGAUCUUUGUGUGUGUGAGAGAGAGAUAUGUGGUUGUUAAAGCUGCUUUCAUAAUUAAACACUUCAUUUCAGUCACACACUGCUGUUUUACUCUUUAUUAACACACACACACACACACACAGAAAGAGAUAUAGACAGAGGGACAGACAAACAAUCAGACAGCUAGAAGGGCGGGCAGACAGACAGACAGAGAGACACAGAUGGACAGAGAGAGAGACAGACAGGUAAAGAGACGGUGAGACAUGGGCAGAGAGAGACACAGACAGAGGGAGAGACAGACAACUAUUUGUAUUUGUAAUCUGAUUUAAUUUCUUCUGCUCAAACGAAACCAUUAUCAUAGUGUAUGAAUGGGUGUGUGAAUGUGUAUGUGAUUCCACCCUGCGAUGGAUUGGGCACCCUGUCCAGGUGUCUUGUGCCCCAUGCCUCCUGAGAUAGGCUCCAGGUUCCCCAUGACCCUGAAGGAUAAG